AUGGAAAACAAUAGUAAAAAAAGAGAAAGGAUUCCACAGUGGAUACAAUACAUGCAAACCAACAAUUCUUCUUUAGAAAAAUUUAAAAGAGCAAAUGGUGCAUACAUGCUUCGUGAUAUAUCAAAACCACACAAGAUUCUUACUAUUCAUGCUGAAUUACAAAUAAAUGAGGGUCAUUCUAAAAAUCCAUAUUAUAGAAAAAAAGAUACAUCAGCUGUUCUGUUUGUUCCUUUACUUCCUGGACAUUGUGUUAUUGGAAAGUUUGGCGAGUUAUAUAUUUAUCUAGAAAUUCAAAGUAAUAAUGAGUACCUUACAUAUCAUUGGAAAAUUUAUAAUAAUGUGGAGAUGACACAAAUUAUACAUGAAGAAACAAACCCUGAUUUUUUUACUAGCAUGAAGAAAUACAUAAAUUGGUUAGGGAAUCUUUCUAUUCCAGACAUUCUUGGAUUUGGUAACCCUGACAUUAUACAUGAUCUACAAUCCAAACUAACUGCAACUAUGCAAAAAAAAGGUGAAAAAUUAAUUGCAAAGGCAAGAAAUUCAUCAAUAAUUUCACAAGAUCCAAUAAUUUGUCAAGGAAUAGAAAUUAAAGAAACAGGUGUAAACUUAUCUUCAGAAGCAACUUUAGCUCUUGCAAUUGAUUAUGAAUCUUCAAAAAAAUCAAGUGAUGCAUUACGUAAAAGAUUCAAACGUGCUAAAGCUAAUCUUGAAUAUGCAAAGAAUUUUAAAUAUAAUCAGUAUGAAAAAAAAAAUAAAGAGUUGUUGGAAGAUUAG